AUGUGGAAAGUGAAACUAAAACACAAGCUAUCAAUUUCUCAAUGGGGCUGGAUUUGGGAUGCCAAUGGUACUGCUACAGUCACUUGUGACCGCUCACAUAAAGAAUUUGAUAUAUGCACAAUGAAUGGCCCAACACUUUUGGAUCAAUCUUCCUCAACUCUCUUUGCUUUGGGCCCCCACACAUGGAACCAAUCAAACAUCUCCAUGAAAAUCCAACCAUACCCACUUAAGAAUGACAAGUCAGCAAUGUCCUCAGUGAAAGAAAUAACACUCACCUCAACUCCACCAAAAUCAACUUGUGGUGCCACACACCAUAGCCCAGCACUAGUAUUCAGUGUGGGUGGGUACACUGGAAACUUUUACCAUGACAUUAAUGAGAACUUCAUCUCACUCUUCAUCACCAUUAAUUCUCUAUUCCCUAAUCAAGAUGUGACACUUGUGGUCACAGAUGGUACGAUUUGGUGGUUCCAAAAGUACGCUGAAUUGUUAUCAGCGUUUAGUCCACACCACUUGAUCAUCAACGCAAACAAUUUAACCACUAAUCAUUGCUUUCCUUCAGCAACCAUAGGGUUAAUAAAACACGGGGCUAUUACUAUAGACCCAAAAUUGUUACCAUAUCCUAGAACUCUACAUGAUUUCAGUGCAUUCCUAAAAAAUACAUAUACCAAGAGUGACACCCCAUCAUUGUAUUCCAAUAAAAGGGGUAAGCCACAUCUCACAUUAGUGGCAAGAAAAGGUAGUGUGAGUCGUGUGAUCUUGAACCAAGAAGAAGUUAUUAAUGUAGCAAAGGAGAUAGGGUUCAAUGUGCAUGUAUUGGAGCCAUCAAGAAAUGUUUCUAUAGCCAAUGCUUAUAGGUUGAUUCACUCUAGCCAUGUCAUGUUGGGAGUGCAUGGUGCAGGCUUGACACAUUUUUUGUUCCUUAGGCCAGGCUCGGUGGUAGUACAAGUGGUGCCCAUUGGGCUUGAAUGGGCUGCGAAAACUUAUUAUGCAGAUCCACCCAAGGUUUUGGGGUUGGAAUACAUAGAGUACAAGAUUGAAGCAAAUGAAAGUAGUUUGUUAGAGGAGUAUGGUGCUAAUAGCUUAGUGAUCAAGGACCCAAAAGCUUUUCAUCAUGGAGAAUGGGCUAAGAGACGUGUAUAUUUGAAGAAACAAAAUGUGAAACUUGAUAUAAUUAGGUUUAAGAAGUGCUUGGUCAAAGCUUAUGAAAAGGCCAAUAUAUUUAUGAAUAAAGUCAAUUAG